CGGAGCUGAUACAAAAACCGAAACUCUCUGGUGCGAAGAAUAACAAGCGAUGCAUCUCAACGAGUACCACGAGCGUAAUAAUUUACCACAAGCUCGUCUCCUACACGCUUAUGGUGUGCGUAGAACCGACUUCGUUGUCGUCCUUAUCCUGUCGUAGUCUUUUUUAUUAAGCAGUCGACAUCGGGCGCAACAUCGACAACUUUUAUACAAAAUAACACGAAAGGUGAAAUGAAGAAAUCAGUUGAAAUCGCGACGUUUCAGCGUACGGAUGCGACCAUAAUUGUGGCGCGUGAACGAAGCGUGCUUAUUUCCUACAGAUAUAUAUCAUAGAAUUGCCGAUUAUAAAAUCCACUAGUGCGAAAUUUCGCAUGAUUCGGCUAAGCAGAUUGGCGAGUAGUGAUCUAAACUAAUUGUAUGUGAAAGUUGGCGAUAACGAAAUUAUUUUCAGUUUGUGAGUGCGUAUUUGGCAAUAAUUUUCGCAAACAUUGGCGGAAACGGAACUGCCUGCCAACCUCAAUCCAUUGCCGUGGUCCAAGAAUUAUUACCAUUUUGUUAGCUAGUGUCGGUGAAAGCACUCACGUUAUAAGCGGGAAUUUCCAUCUGCCGUUAUUGUGUGCGUCGCGUUUCGCUGUCGCUUUCGGUAAAUUCACGUUAAUGAUUCGUGGGUCGGUCGGACGACUGGUCGGUAUUUGCAUCGGUCAAGCCUUUUAAACGAUAUAUGACUUUCGGUGGCGAAAAGUCCACAAUGUUUGUAUGUAUAUGUGUACAUUUCAUCAGUUACUAGCAAAUUCGAGCACAAUUAUCAAAUAGCUGACCAAUUGUGCCAACCGCUCACUGAGUAUGGAUUUCGACCUUGCAGACUCACAUUCGUGGCUCAUUACUAAGAAGGUGUGGGUGAGUGCGGGAGAUCAAACCCUCAAACACCAGCUAUAUAAACGGACCACAAUAUGUUUGUGUCCGGUUCAAAUAAAUUAAAUCAACAUGCACAUAUACGCAAAUAAUACGAGAGAACAAAAUUCAACGACUAAAUCCGGUUUAGAGCCUGCAGCGCCACCGCUUUUAAGCAUCUGCCUUAAACUCAUUCAUAAACAUAAGCGCAUACGCCUGUGAGUUGACCUCAAUUGAAAAAUGUAUAACAUUAUUGUAGAGAUUAAAGUGCAAUUCGCCAGCGUUCAAUAAUAAAUCCCAACAUAUAGUGAAUAAAUAAUACGUCUAUAUAUUUAUAUAUGUGAACAUGUAUGCGUGUUUAAUUUAAUAUCAUAAAAAAUAGAAACGUUUACACUUCCGGUGCAAUUGCAGCAGACAAAGCUGACAAAUAGGUGAACAACAACAAGAAUAAAAUGGCUGCGAAAAUCUGCAUUUGGACAUAUUUGAGCGCGCUCCGCCUGACUCUCUUCGCUUUGCCGCUGCUUUUGGCAAACACAGAGGCGCGAAUCGGCUAUUUUUGGCACAUCACAGAUCUUCACUUGGACACAUUUUACUCAACGCAAGGCGAUGUUAUGCACAGUUGCUGGCGCAUCGACGGUCAAUCGCCAAGUAGUUCCAUUCGCUCACCUGGUCGUUUUGGCGAUUACUUUUGCGAUAGUCCUUGGAGUCUAAUUGAGUCGGCAGCGAAAGCGAUGAAGACUCGACAGGGCGACAAUGUCGAGUUCGUUCUGUGGACAGGCGAUGGCUUAUCACACUCGGCUCUGAAGGAGUCCGAUACGAAGAGGUUGGAGAUCCUGCGCAAUAUCACCGAUUUGCUGGGACGCACAUUCUCGUCGCAAUUCGUGUUUCCAGUGCUCGGCCAUGAGGACGGCACAACAAACUUUCGACACUUGGGCGAACUAUGGCGACAUUGGCUGCCAUCGGAAGCCUUGCAUACGUUCGAGAAAGGUGGCUACUACUCCAUUGAACAGACGAAAAGUCGCCUGCGCAUAAUUGCGUUGAACACGAAUUUCAUGCGGCAUGAUCACAAGACCCCGCCUAGUCAUCUGGCGGCGGUGCGGCAGCGCACUCCAAUAUCUGGAGGCAGCGGCGGUGAUUCCGAAUACAAGACCUACUACUAUCAUCACGGCUCAAUACACCAACACCACGGACAUUCAUCGAGCGACUGGAUGACUCAUGGCGGCGGCUACGGCGGUUACAGUGGCGGCCACCAUCGUGGCAUGAAUGCCAUACCAGCUUUGAGUGUGGGCGAAGGGGAGGGACGUGUCAGUGCGCUCUCCGAGUAUGAGACUCAGGAUGCUGAGAAACAAUGGCUCUGGCUGGAGGAGGAGCUUAUCAAGUCGAAAAAUAAUAAAGAAACGGUCUACAUUGUGGGACAUAUUCCACCUGGCUCAGAUGAACGCCACAUCGGUUUGCAGCAAAAUGGUCGCACCACAUUCACCGAAACAAAUAAUAAACGCUACCUGGAAUUGGUUCGAAAGUAUUCGUCAAUCAUCCAGGGACAAUUCUUCGGCCAUAUGCAUUCGGACUCUUUUCGGAUCAUAUACGACGACAAUGGAAAACCGGUUUCAUGGAUGAUGAUUUCACCGUCUGUAACGCCAAGGAAGCUGAAUGUAGGUUCAAAUAACCCGGCAAUGCGGCUCUACAAGUUCGAUACGGAUUCCGGCCAGGUUCUGGACUACACGCAGUACUUCAUGGACUUGCAAUUGGCGAAUCAGGUGGGCGAGCCCAACUGGCUUCCGGAGUACAACCUCACCCAUUACUACGCGCUCAGUGAUAUAUCGGCGAUUUCUUUGCACAAUUUUGUGGAUCGCUUUACAAGCGGCGACGGCACCUGGUUUGGCAAAUAUUCCCGCGCCAACACCGUCCGCUAUCAGACGGAUUCCUGCGAGGGCGUUUGCAUGUUGAACCAUUAUUGCGCCAUAACGCGUGUGGACUACAAAGAGUUUCGCCAAUGUCUGGAGAAGGAGCAGAGUGCGUUGCGUUCGCACGCUCCCGCUGCGCAUACGGCGCUCGCCGGCGCUUGCCCAGUUUUAGUGCUGAUGUGCGCAUUGCUGGCAUCCUGUUGUCGCCAGACUGCUGCGCUACUGCCGAAACUCAUUGCACGCAUGAGAGUGCAACAGCAACAAAAGCAGCAACAGCAGCAGCCUUUUGUUGAAAAGAAAAAGCGACAAAUUGAAUUUGCAGCGUUGGCGCUGGUCAUGACUACAGCUUCCAAAUACCGGACCGCAAUAUCAGCGAUGUUAUUAAACGGGAGAAUGGCAGCAUUUGCCUUGCUGCUUGGGAUAUUGUUGAUGCUGCAAUAUGCGUUGGAGCGCAACUACCGAGGCACGAGGACUUUUCCACCGCCGCCGAAGCAAGGCCAACUGAGUGCGAGAAUGGCUACAAAUAAAAUGGAAAAUUUUUACAUGCAACGGACAAUGUUGCAACUAAGGGCUGGUAGCAUGCGGCUGCGGGAGGGCCACGGAAGGUUGCCAUUGCAACAGCCAGCAACACUCUACUGCAACGGCGCUUGCUACUGUCGGUUUAAUAUUACCAUUGUGGCAACCAGCGACAUGAGAACCAAUGCUGUUGAUAACAAUGCAACACUGUGGCAACUGUGGCAACUGUGGCAUGCCGUGGCGCAAGAAAAUGCUACUGACAAUAACAAUGCCCGUCAUGCAAUAAUUCCAAUUUCAACCGUGCAACAGCGAUUGCCACAAUGCAACACCGUCAAUUACAGGUCACUAAGUCUGGAGCGGCAAUUUCUUUGUAUAUUUUUCUUCAUAAUAAGCUGCGUGAGGCCUCAAAGCAGCGGGCUUCGUGAACUACCAGGUGCUCUGUGCACCGCUACCACCGCCAACAUACCCAAUAAACUUCAUAACGCAAACGCACCCACUGAAAUGCUGCUCUCUGCUUCGUACUGCAAUCACUUUAGGCACCAACAAACACACCGGCGAUCGAGCCAGAGUCCCGCUUCACAUUAGUAACAUCCAGUAUUGCUUCAUAGCUUAGCUUUUUUUACCGAAAUUUAGUGUUUAUUAUUGCAACAAAUGAUAUUCAGAAACGCGUGUGAGGCAGAUGGAUGGAUGAGUGGAAAAGUUAAUAUAAUGCUCGAUCUUCUGAGUUCAUGAAAACCAGCAAAAUAUAUAAGCUGUUGUUUCUGUAAUAAUAAGGCUGUGCUGAAUUAAAAAGUAAUUAAAUUCUGCAGAAAAAUAAUUCCAGCUUGAGACUAACCGAAGAAAGCUGAAUCGCCUAUAUGUUCUAAUAUUCUAGCAGAGAUCAUUUAGACCUUCUUGGAGUCAUUUGCUGAUUCUAUUACAAAUCAAGCGAAGUGAAAGUUGGAAGCUACAUUUCUAACUAGUCUCUCUCAAGGCGCUGAAAAUCUCCACAAUAUUGUUGAAGGUCGUUAAAGCUUUCAUUCGUGGACGCUUACUUCACAUACUUAAUUCCAGAGUUGCCAACACAAUUCUCUUAAAGUAUUUUAUAGUUUGGCCAAAGCUUUCCUUGUAAAUCACUCUAUUGCACAACCGCUUCCAACCAAUACAGGGUUUUUAAGAAUGCCUCCAUCGUGAACCCAAGUACUUUGUUUGAUUUUGGAAACUCGCGCAAAUCCUAAUGCACCGUUAUUAAUGUAAUACAGCUGAAUUUAAGUCAGAGUAAGGCUUCAAUUAUUUAAGUAGGUGUGUUGUUUUCAAAAUAAACCGUUUAAAUAUAAGAGGAAAAAGAGAGUAUAGUUACGUGUAUAUCAAGCUAAGUAAAAGCUAGAGCUUCAUCUAAUAUUUGCGAGUGUGUGUGAAUGGCCGCGCGGAGAGUAGGGUGCUCUAUGACUACUGACAGUGUGUUGAUAUGCUAGAAGUCAGCGGUUUGAACGAAAUUGAAUUAGUGAUAUGAUUAGGCUAGUUACUAGAAUAAAGCUUAUAUUUAAAUACAAUAAAAACAAACACAUAGGAAAAUAAUUUCGCCAGUGUAAUAGCGAGCGACGAAUACCGUUAUGAGUACUGUAUUAAGUACCGAGGCAAUUCUCCAUAGAUAUGUUCAUAAGUGUCUAGUUGUGUGACUACACGCAUACGAGUAUAUAUAUAUAAAUAUAAAUGUAUGUAUAUAUAUAUUAUAGAUAAAUAAAUGUUUUGCAUGCGUUAUGUAUUGUAUACACAUGUAUAGUAUGUAUGUAUAAACCAAACGACCUAAAUCUAUUUCAUAUAAAAAACAAAUUUCAAAUGUGCAAUAAAGCAAAAAAAAAACAAAAAAACACGAACUGUGUAAAUAGUACUGUAUGUAAUUAAAAGCAAUAGCUAAAACAACAACACUUCUUUUUCAUCACUUUCAAUUAUUAUCAUUAGAGGUGUAAUGAGUCAUAUGUGGAUAUUUGUAUUUGAAUAAUCAUUUCAUCAUGGGCAAUUUUCACAACAAUAACAACAAUAGCUAAAGACAAAAAGGAAAUGUAAAUAUUAAAAAAUAAAUAAAACAAAAUACAUAAAUACAAGUAUAUGUGUUUAGGCAGUUACACAUAAGUGCGUAUACACAUACGAGUAUAAGCAUCAAUGUAUUUUAUGUACAUACAUACAUAUGGGUGAGGAAUAAAUAAUGCAACUGCAAAUGCCGAUUACUGUUUGACUUUAGUGCUGACCUGAGUGCGUUUAUUGAACUUCAACAAAAACAAAAACAAAAGCAAAAAAUAAUAAAUAAAUAAAUAAACAAACAAACACAUGUAUAAUGAAAAGGUAAUUAAGCAUUCAUAAAUAAAUUAUUAUAAAAAAUUAUAUAAAUAAAUACUAUUUGUCUCAAAAGCGUACAAAA